AUGGAAAAGGGCAAUGAAGUCGCCACGUAUGCCCUGAUCACGAGAGUCAACAACCUCGAGAGUCCGUUUGCCGGCAUCGUCUUCAAGUACGUCGACUCGUUCUUCAAGAUGUCUCGGAACAGCAUCAACAACGGCAGUCAUCACCGAUGCGCGGUGGGACGUGUGGUCAGUUUUCGGGCUACCCAACCAACUGCCCUCAUCCCGCCGGUUCUGAGUCCCCUCCCGCCCUCCGCCUACCAACUUCCGUCGUCGGCCCCCGCUGCGACGCUGCACCGCGUGGACGUCUCAUACGACCCGAUGCUAUGGACCAAAGAAUGGAAAUCCCCCGUCUCGUCCAAUGGACACCCCGCUUUGCCCCUUUUGUUUUUUCCAGACCGCGAACACCCAUUGGUUAUGCCCCCGAGCUCGGCUCUUGUGGUCCGGCGUCCUCGAGCUCUGGUUCGACCCGACAGACCACCAACUCCCGGGCGAUCAUAUGGCCUCACUUCUAAACAGCGCUCAAUGGCCGGUAGCGCCGUGCUCUUUAACUCCUCGAACUGGGCAACGCACACCACUGCCAUCGACCACCUCGGUCUCCAGGUGUGGCAGCUGGCACUCGCGCUCUCCCUCCGCACCCUUUGGAACGACACAUGUCAAGGUAGAAUUCCUUGA